GUGGAUUUGUGAUUAGUGGGCAAAAGCCAGCAAGUACUCGCCUGAACGGCAGCCCGAUAAGCUUGGUUUAGGUACUGUACCAGGGUGCUAGAUUGCGAGGUACUCGUGAGUGGGCACGCUCGAGACCCAGAAUUUUCAACCCCCGCCUUCCCGCCGCGCUGUGGGUGACUUUGUGAUGUGUGCAGCCCAGGCAUUCUAGAUCAUCAUUGGAUUAUUACCUAGGUAUCUCCCUUCAGCAUCCAACAGCCAAACAGGUUUUACUUCGCAGUGCCAAUCUCCAGAUUCCAUAGUGGCCGGAAGAGACGACCAAAACCUGAUUUGUCGGAUCGCAUCGAAGCUACGUAACACCACGCUCCAAAUCCCAAGACCUUUGAGAAGGUUUCGCCGAUCUUCAGGCAGUCGGAUCUUCAGGCAGUCGCCGAGGAAAAUAACCCCAGCCACCCCCGGAGCCAAAUAUCUGUCUUGGCUUCUGCUUCUUGGUAGUCGCCGUCGUCCUCCUCCCGACGCAAAUAGCAUCGUCAUCGACACGCCGGGCGAUUGUCAAUCACGGCACGGGCCUGCCCACACCCUCCAACAGCGCUCUCGCUCGUCCGCACCCGGCGGCGCACGUCGAUCCCCCCAUCACCGUCUAGAGAAGUGCGUCGGUGCUGCCGCACCACCAGAUGCACAGCAUGGCGCGCGUUUACGCUGAUGUCAACGCGAACAUGCCCCGGAGCUACUGGGAGUAUGAUACGGUCAACAUUAGCUGGGGUGUGCUCGAGAACUAUGAGGUGGUGCGCAAGAUCGGUCGCGGAAAGUACUCAGAGGUCUUUGAAGGCAUCAACGUCGUCAACUACCAGAAAUGCGUCAUCAAGGUUUUGAAGCCAGUCAAGAAGAAGAAGAUCAAGCGAGAAAUCAAGAUUCUGCAGAACCUCGCUGGCGGGCCGAAUGUUGUGGCCCUGCUCGACGUGGUUAGAGAUUCACAGAGCAAGACUCCGUCACUCAUUUUCGAGUACGUCAACAACACCGACUUCCGCACACUCUACCCCAAGUUCAACGACAUAGAUGUGCGGUACUACAUCUUGGAGCUGCUCAAGGCGCUCGACUUCUGCCACAGCAAAGGCAUUAUGCACCGCGACGUGAAACCUCACAACGUUAUGAUCGACCAUGAGAACCGCAAGCUGCGCCUGAUCGACUGGGGUCUGGCCGAGUUCUACCACCCGGGCACUGAGUACAAUGUCCGUGUGGCAUCUCGCUAUUUCAAGGGCCCCGAGCUGCUGGUCGAUUAUCAAGAGUACGAUUACUCGCUCGACAUGUGGAGUCUCGGAGCUAUGUUUGCUUCAAUGAUCUUCCGCAAGGAACCCUUCUUCCACGGGAACAGCAACUCGGACCAGCUGGUCAAGAUCGCCAAGGUCCUUGGCACCGACGACUUGUUUGACUACCUCGACAAAUACGAGAUUGAGUUGGACGCUCAGUACGAUGACAUCCUGGGUAGAUUCCAGAAGAAGCCCUGGCACAGCUUCGUGACGGCGGAGAACCAGAGGUUUGUGAGCAACGAAGCCAUCGACUUCCUGGACAAGCUUUUGAGAUAUGAUCACAUGGAACGUCUGACUGCAAAGGAAGCCAUGGCGCAUCCCUACUUUGAGCCCGUCCGUGGCGAGGGUGUAUUGGAGCGCCUCCUUGCUGCAGGAACCAACACCUCGGCUUGAAAGAGGCGUGGGAUUUCAGUCUGAUGUUUACUUCUGGCUUUUUUGGCAUCAAUCACCCACUUCUGAUCAAUCCGCUUCAAGUCACAUGGCAGAUGUCAACAGCAAAAAAGGACAUCUCAACAAGAUACCCCCCGAGAUGAUUACCUCAAGCAUAAGGAAGCGAAUGGGAGACUCAUUUCAGAAACAAACGAAAGAUCUCUGCCCUGUUGCCUUGCCCAUGUGAAACUGAGCUCUGUAUCUCGAGUUUAUAGAGAUUGUGAUCGCUUCUCAAAAACAGCGAGCGGGCACAGGUGAGAGGGCGUCGAUGGAUGUUUUGGGUGCCGUAACCGUGGGGGGUAUUAAUGUUUGUAGGCGAAAGUCGCGCCCGGGUAUGGACGCUCCGCCAUGGCGGUUGAUUCCCGAAAAACAAAAGACAAUGACGGUGUUGUGCUUGGUGGAGUUUUCCGGCCUCGCGGUUUCACGAAUCUUGGCAGUUGUGACGGCAGCGGCCCAAGGAGAUGUAUGGUUGUUGGCCCUAAUAUUUGGGGAGUUGUGCAAAAAAUUAAUUAAGAUUCAUUAUGAUCAUUGCCUUAUAGUUAGUUGUUGUUAUUUAAUGCUCCCAAAAAUGCCGUCUAUCCCUGUGCUGCCUGUGAGCGAGCUCAUAUGCGCCGUCUCCCAUGAUUAUCGUCUUUUUGAGAG